AGCCCCGAGCCCAAGUUGAGCUGGGAGGCGGGGGCAGCGUGUGCGCACCAGGCCGAGCGACGGACGAGGCGACCCGGCCAAGGGCGGGCGAGGAGGGCCCUGGCUCCCUCCCGCUCUGCAGCGCUUCUUGGGAACGAGUGAAAACAGGUGAAUCAGUGAGGGGAUUCAAGGAUGACUGGUGUGGACACAAGAAACCAAUGGCAGAGGAGAGACAGUGCACUCCAAGGUGACCCUUGCACAGACCCCGAGCAAAGCAGAAAAUGCCAUCUCUGCACUCCUGAUUAGGCAACACUUUGGGGGCCAUGGGCAGCAGCCUCCACUUUCCUGUUUUUUCCAGCAGUUCUGUGCAGUGUCCUUCUUCAGCUGCAAAGUCAGCUGGUUUCUGCAACUUCCUUUCUGUGUCCAAACGGUUUAGAUCCUCUGGCUUCUGCAGAUUCCAAGACAGGCUUCGCUGAGGAAACAUCGUAGAGAUUUGUUGUAUUUCUAAACCUCCAAUGUUUACAUUUUGUGGUUAUUGACCCUCUUAUGAAAUAGAUUUUGGAAAUCAAAAUGGAAGGUACCCAAGAAGUUUUGGACCAGUUAUACAAGAAAGUACUUCUUGGAGCCACCCUUGAAGAUGACAUCCAUAGUUACAUCUUUUAUCUCAACCCAGAUCUCUCAGGACAAGCUGGUCAUACAACAUCCUCUUUAGCUCAGGCAAGUGUCAAUGGUGUGCUUGAUGCCAUGAGAGGCCCACAUGGGCCAUCUUCCAGUGAGGUGACCACCCCUCCUGAAGCACAGGAGUGUAUGAAGAGGCAGUUUCACGUGAAUAAGGCCUGGGAGGUGAAGCUCCUCCAGUUAACAGUGGUCCAUGCAAUACUGAGCCAAGUGCUGUCUGCCGAAACUGAGACCCACACAAAGGAGGGGUACAGAGAGCUAAUUGAAGUCCUUUUGCAGUCAACAGAAAUUGAUUCCAAGUUGAUCUGCACGCUCCAGGACUCUGAUAAGUUGUUGUCUCACAUGACUGCGAAGUGCCUCGCAUCGCUCCUUUAUUUCCAGCUGAGAGAGAAGACAACGUUAAGUCAUCCCUGGAUCACUUUUUGCGAGAAGCAUCUCUCUGAAUCCCUGGAGAGUGCUGAAGCAGUGCAUUGCCUGUGGAUCCUUACUGCUGUGAUAAAGGAAAUCCUUAAAGAUACGCAUCCACAGAGAACAGAAAUUCUAAAGCAGCUCUUGACUCCUCUUGAUAUUACUUUUGAAGUGUUCUACAAUUCCUUAUUUUCUCAGCAUUUUGGAGACUUCCGGAAUCCCUCUCACAUAGUCAACAGCCUCGUGUGCUGUCUGGAGCUGCUCGAGCUCCUCGCAGCCUCCAGAAUCCACCUAAAACUGCACUUUAGAAGCCAAAGAAUCUUAUUUUUGAAACCCUGUGCUCUCAAUAUCCUUGCCUGGCCUAUUCCAGCUUUUGUUAAGAGGAAAUUGGUUAUACUCAUCAAAAAGUGUCUUCUCUGUAAAGUGGGAGAAGAUCUCUGCCAUGGAUCUGUGCCCUUUCUGAUGUCACCAGAGCAUCUUCUGGAUGGUGACAUGCUGGCUUUAGCUGAUGCACUUCUGCAUGCUGUGCACUUGGGGUUGUGGAAGGCAUUGUCUAUUCCUGGAAAGCCUUCCUGCUUUGGAGGGGAUGAGGUUCAGCCUGGAUACAGACCCAGGUCUGGUCCUGAUCACGUGACCCUAAGAGCAGCAAGCUUAAUUACAGUGAAAUCCUUAGAAAUCAAGUUCCAGAACUGUACCUCAGCAAAUGAAAUGAAAGUUGACUUGCAGAAGUUCAUGUCCGAGUUACUGGCCUUCUUAAAGCCUCACCUUCAGCCCUCCCUACAACUGUACAACCCAUGUGAAUGGCUGUCCAGGGUCUUCAUAGAGCAGGAUGACGACAUGCUGGAGGCUGCCAAAGCAUCCCUGAGCAUCUACCUCCACUUGACCAGAGACUGGGACCCUUGUGUAUGUCUGACCCAAGAAAAAGAAGCGUGGAUCCAUUACACACAUGGAAAUGGCUGUAAUCCUCACUGUAUUUUCUUAUUCUUCUUAAAAAGUAUAGCCUUUGACUCUACAGUUCUUCUUGACUUCUUGAUUUCCUCAGAAACCUGUUUCCUUGAAUAUUUUGUUAAAUAUUUAAAAUUACUGCAGAAAGACUGGGACCACUUUCUGUCCAUCUGCAAGUUCUUUGCUGCAACAGGACCAAAAUGUGGAGUAAAUGUUCAUGAUCCUCUCCCCUCACUCAUCCACACGGUCCCUCGUGCUCUGGCUUCUCCUGUUGGCUGCAUAAAUGCUUGCCUGUGGAUCCCCCAGGCUUCUGAUGCCGCCUUUGACUCCCAGAGCCAGGCUGUGAUGCCCAAGGAGACCCACACAGUGCCAGCCCAUGGCCCACCUUCCUGGACACCACAGAGUCUGGUAGACUAUGACAGCUCAGGAGGAUCUGAUGAGGAAGCCCCAAGUGAGCGCCUGGUAAACAGCAAACAGAUAUCUCUAUGUCAAGAACUGACCAGGGAAGUUCAGGGCCUGCCUAGGACACGUAAGGAUCAAAAAGAACUAAGCCUGGAGCCUCAGUCGAGGCCUGUGCAUCCCGAAGAGGCCAGUCCUCUCUUCUCUGCCAGUGGGAAUGGUGCUCCAAGUGGGACCAUCCAGGAAGUGGGACCGUUUCUUAGAACACUGAAAUGCCUUGAGGAGCUACACAGUGCUAUUUAUCGUCUGCAGGAGAAAAAUCUCUUUCCAUAUAACCCAGCAGCACUUCUGAAGCUGUUGAAAGGCGUGGAGGCGAAGUGUCAUAACGUGGGAGCCCUGGGUAGCACAGCAGCGUUUGUCUGAGGGGCUUGUUUUCUUUUAUAUUAAUUGAAUUUCUAAGAUAAAUAAAAUUACCUGGUACAGCUCAGUAACAGCUGAAAGUUUAUGCUAGUUCAGACCACACGGAAUUGGCCAUGACAAAUGACUGCAUAUUCCGUAGCGUAAAACAAGUAAGAUUUAGUCUCUUAUUUCUGGAGGCCAGAAGCCUAAAUUCAAGGUGCCAGCAGGGUGGGAUGUCUUUUCUUUUGGUCACAGCAAUGCCGAGUGUCCCUUGCCUGGUAAUGUGUCACCUCAGUCACUGCCUUACGUGGCACUGUCUCUGUGUGCAUGUCUGUCAGAAUACAGUAUGACCUCAUCUUUACACCUGCAAGGAACUUAUACCGCGGUAAGGCACAUUCAUGGCUUCCAAGUGGACAGGAAUCUGGGGGAGAUACUGGCCCAGGACAAUUUUUAUUUCUCUGAAGCGUUUACAUACAGUGAUGUGUAAGAGGAAAACUUUCAAGUCAGGGUCUCUGUAUGUAGCCCAGGAUGGCCCCAAACUUGCUAUGUAGCCCAAAGUGGUCCUGAGCUUACCUUCCUUCUGCCUUGGCCUCUGAAGUGCUGGCAUUAGAGUUGUGUGUACCCUCAUGCCCAUAUCAGAAACACUUGAAGAGGAGUAAUUAGCUCCACCUGCUUCACCUGCACAUGAACAGGAUUCUUAAAGAAAUUAGUGGACAAGAUGGUGAAUGUCUAUAACCUCCACAUGUGGAGGAUGGAGGCAGCAGGUGAUGAGCUUAAGGCCAUCCUGGGCUGAAAAGUUAGGCCAUACCUCAAAAAUAAAAUUAAUUGACAUAAUAUCUGUACUUGAUUGUGUCCCUAGUGUUAUUCUGAUAAGUGUAUCUAAUAUGCAGUGUUCAGAUUGGGGUGAUUAUCACGCCUAGCUCCUCAAUAUUACCAGCUUCUCUUGGGUGUUUCCUCAGUGAAUGGGGUUGCUGGAGUGAUGCCCAUUCUCUUCUCAGUUUGGGAGACCUCCCCAUUGUUUGUGUCUUACAACAGUCCCGCUGUGCAUCCAACCCAUGAUGCCAAGUGCACUUCUGGGCACUUUUUGUUACCUUGGUUAUUUUGUCUUGCUGUGAACAUAGCUUUGCGGUUAGAGUAACAGUACCUCAUUGUGGUUUUGAUUUGCGUUGCCCAGAUUCAAGACAUUGAACGCUUAUCCUUGGGAGUUGUUUGCAUGGCCAAGGAGCCAGUUUCCAGUUUGGGAAGAAACUUUCUCAAGACAGAAAAGCAAAGAGUGAUGGAGGAAGAUGCCAGAUGCCCUGCUCUGGCCGCCACAUGCAUUUGCACAGAUGCACACACCUGCAUACUCACCACACACGAGAGGCAAAUACUUGAUUACCUGUAGUAAUUAGAACAACUUGCUACUUAUUCAGGGAGAAAUGCUAAUUUUAAAAGUCAGUAAAAUAGCAGUCAAAUAGAAGUAUGGAUGGCAAAAAGUUUGGUGAGACAAGUUGAUGAAGGUAUGUGCUGGCAGUGUCUACCAUAUUGGCACUUGAAUUUUUAAGAAUUGUAAUUAUUCUAGUUCAAGGCCUUGCAGUUGCUAGGUAGGCAUUAUAGAGCUGGCUUGCUUUCUCUUAGCUGUCUGUGUGUCCUCUCCCGUGUGCAUCCCUCUUGCCUCGGCUCCCCAGGAGAUGGGGCUACAGGCAAGUACUAAUAAGUCUAGCUCUUUCAUAAUUAGUAAAGCGUCUUAAAGAAUGUGUUAUUAAGGAUUUCACAUUGUAAAAGACAAGAUUAAACAUAUUUCAUUGGAAUAUUACAAAGCUGUAAAUGAAUGCAUUGUAUCUGUGUUAUAGAUGUGAAACUUCUCUAGCAAAAACAGAAAAGAAUAUACUGGGUCUCCAUUUUUUUUUUUUUUAAAAGUACUAGGGCAGGAACAACAGACAUUGACAUCUUCACAUAUUUAUGUAUGUGGUUUUCAUUUGAUACCCAAAGCAUGACUUCCAGGACCCUUUGCUGCCCCCAUCAUGAAGCUAAAAAUGCAUGGAUUUUCCCUUAGUAUAAAGCAGCCUGCUAUGUUCAUACAGCCUGCAUGUAUCCACAUAGAUCACAUACACCUCACACAAUGUGCUUGUGCUGGAAUGCUUAAUUUUUGUAAUACGGGGCAAAAUGAUGCCUCAGUGCAUAAAGGUAUGUACUGUCAGGCAAGUGUAUGUACUCACAGAGUACAUACAUGCCUCCUCCAUUCCCACGCCCAAUCGUGUUUGUCUCAAAAUGUCUCCUGGCUGAAGAUAUGCUGGUCCCCUAAUUCUUUGACAAGGAGGGCAACCCAGCCCAAGAGUGAAUGCAGCUGGAAGGUGAGCCAUUUCCAAUGGAGGUUACUGUUGUUUAUCCCCCUGGCAUAAAAAUGCCUGUGGUGGGAAAGAGAAGCCCAAAGUUAUGUCAUGGAGGGAAGGCCCAGUGGGGACGCCCUCGGACUGCCCCAGCUUCUGCAGCCUCUGCCAGAUGAUUAAGUCCCAGAUUCGCUGGUGUCAUCUGUACUGCUGUUACAUGUUCUUUCACCUGGAAGCUUCACUGAAGGAGACAUUGUGCCCGGACCCUCAAUCAGGAACUCCAACUCAUGCCCAGCAUCACCAGCCAGUUUCUCCUGGCCUUGAUGGGCCCUCAUUUGAUGGCAUUACCUUUUGUCUGCACUCUCAGUUGAACAACUGCCUUGGUUUCUGCUGGUUGUUUUGUGUGUCUAAUUGACGUUCUCCUAUCUGUUGCAUCUCUGUAUCUGCUACUCGCUAUUUAUUCUUUUGCUUGCUGUAUACUUAACAGGCUCUUUUAAAAACCGAAAGUGUGACUGUUGUAGUCCUCUGGACCAUGCAGAACAGAGAGGUACUUUGUUUCUUCCAUUCUUUACUCACUACUAGAAGUAUAUUCCUGUUUGUUUUUGGAAUACCAAGUAACCACAUUUUAGAUGUUUUUAGUAACUGCUGCUUUGUUGCCUCAUGAUUAUCUAUACACACAGCAUGCUAGGUUGAUCAGAUUGGUCAACACUGGCCAUACAUACAGUAAAGCACAGAGUCCAGGCAGGUUACACAGGGUCUUGUGGAGAGGGCCCAGUCUCAUGAACAGCUUCUCCUCCACUGUUUCCCACCUAGCUGCUUGCCCUUACAUGUUUUUAUGGCAGGGGCCUCUGAGGUAUCAGGUCUGGGAAGCUGUCCUGAUUGGUUCCUCACUAUUAGUUCUGAGCUGCCCUGUGCUCUCUGCACUUGACUUUUCCCCAGCUGUAGCAUCUUUCAUAUUAUAUAUACAUCAUCAGGAGGCAGUCCAUCCACAUGUCAGGUUCUUUCUACAUUGUUACCAGUGGGUAGCAGCCAUCACUUUAUAGACAAUGCAAACAAGAGGAGGCUCCUUUCCAGAAGCUGGAGAAUCCUGGGGAACACAGAUGGGUAUAGAAUUAGACCUUGAACUUAGAUGCGUUCCCCAGAUGUCAGCUCUUACUCACAGUGCUCUUUGACUCCCAGAGGUGAUGGUAGAUGGUGAGUACUGUGACAAGUCCUUGCAAGAUGAAGUCACUUGAAAGAUCACCAGCAGGGAAAGGGAGUUGGCUGAGCUAAGUGGAGGCAUCUAGAUAGUCUGGUCUAAGAAUCCUCUCAUAUCCCUCUUGGUGAUUGUUUCUUGUCCUUGGGACACAGCGCCAUGGAUGUGGGUGAAAGCCAAGAUUGUUCCAGCUGUGAGUAUGGGCAGCAGUGGUGUGAUAAGGCCUACAGAAGGAGGAGGGAGUUGAUCCAGUAGCAUCACAGAUGAGACUGUAACAACACCACUCUAAAAGGUAGGAAGCCGAAAAAAAAAAUCCCUUUAAAACAAUGACAACAGAAACCAAUCUUCAGGAGAAAUGCAUAAGAUCUUAAUUUGAAAUCUAGAAAGCUUAGCAGAGCAAAGAAUUUGGAAAACAGGAUGGAAACAUGAUUGCAAUCUGAAAACUGGUUCACAUGGUUCGGUAGUUGAAUUCAAAGCUGUUGCUGCUGCUGCUGCUGCUGGUGAUGAUGAUGAUGAUGAUGAUGAUGAUGAUGAUGAGAAUGUCUUAAACAAAGACCAAGUCCUGUGAGGAAAACAAUGAGUGCGUUUUCACCUAGUGACUUUCAGUACUGUUGUCAGCACAAGAUGGUGGCCAGCAGACAGAAAACCUCUGCUGAAAAUCAGAAGGGCACCAUUAGAGCAAGAUAUGGGAGCUGUUUCCAUGCAGUUAUGACAUUGGCAGAAGAUAUGCUGGCCCGAGGACAGAGGUAAAAGAGAAAGGGGUGCUGAGGGUCUAAGUAGAAGAAAAGUGAAAGGGAGACAGGAGAAAGAAAUACCAAGGGCUUGGGCAGGGCUUCAGGAAGGAAAUAACACAGUUCAGGGUGUGGAGUGAAUAGUCUAAGAAGAGGCUAGCUGCUAGAUAGUUGGAUGACUAAGAAGCUAGUGGGAUGUUGGAGAGAUGGCUCAGUAAAGUGCUUGCCACGUGAGAACUCACGUAAGAAGCCAGGCACAGUGGUUCAAGCCUGCAACACCAGUGCUUGGGAGAGACCAGUAGCAGGAUCCCUGGUCUUCACUGUCUACCAGACUAGCUGAGCUCUUAAGCUCCAGGGUCAGUGAGACAAGGGUCACCCUUGUCUCAAAACGUGGGAAGCUGGGCAGAAUGAUGUCCAAGGCUGUCCUCUGUCCUCUACAUUCACGUGAGCAUUCAAGUACACAUACACACACAUGCACACAGUACACAUGAGGUCUUGGUCUUCUGUUCACUAGGAUGAGAGGCUUACAAGAUUUCCUCCCUGAUGAUCUAUAGUCAGUUACUUGAUUCUGGGGGAGGAGAAGACUUUUUCUUCCCAGUGAUGUGGCCACUAUACUCCUAAAUAAAACUAAUUAAAUUUCUUGGCACAUACAUGCACAGAAUAGAAAAGAAAAAAAGGGGGGGGCCUGAAAGGGAGACUAAAUGAAGAGGAAGGGGAUGUAGGGGAAUAGGGGUAGAAAAACAGGACUAAAAUAUAAUUUAGUUAUUUGAAGUCAUUGGUGCAUUUAGGUUGGUGCAUUUGGGGAAGCCAGUUUAGUCAGACCCCAGUAUGCAUGGAAAGGAAGAAGGCAGACUACACAAGGACGGGGUUUCCAACCUGUUUGUGUUUUCUGUGCCAUCUGAAUAUUGGAGUUUUUUAGUGGCAACCUUAGAAAAUAGGCUUGGAACAUGCCAUCCAAUCCGUAACAGUUUAACUCCGUUACUGAAAGGGGCAUUCCAGUCCAUUGACCUCAUUCUGGGCACUGACUUUAGCUGCCACCCAUCUUCCCAGCUCUUCCUCUGACAUGAGGAACCCACAUGUCACGUGUCUGACACAACCCGCCUAGGGCCUCAUUCAGCAGACCUGCAAGGCACAGGUAUUUGGAAAUGUGACCUACAUACUGAGCUACAACUGGCCUCCUUGUUCAGGACAACAUGCAAAGUUCCUUUGCUUUACUGAAAUGGCCAUUUGCAAAUUGGAGCUGAAAAAAAAAUGCCUUUUUUUGACUGUAUUGACAUAAAUCAGAAUAGCAAACUAAUGUUUAAUGUUCCGAUUAUUCUCAGGAUAGUGAAAGUGAACUUUGUGGUUGAAGCCAUGUGUCCCCCACUUGAUUGCCAUACGGGGUGAAAUGGAUGUUUAUGAAGACCCUGGAUUGAAAGUGUUACUCUCUUCAGGAAUGUGGUUUUACUUUCAAACUUCAGAUCUCAGGUGUUUAAAUAGUGUGUGCUCUGUAUUUCUCUCUCUCUCUCUCUCUCUCUCUCUCUCUCUGUGUGUGUGUGUGUGUGUGUGAAGAUUUAUUUUUAUUGGUGGUGGGGGGUGGUGUAUGUGAAUGUCAUGUAAGUGCCUGUGUCCACAGAGGCCGGAAGAGAGCACCAGACUGCCCUGGAGCUGGAGUUACUGGAUCAUGUGAGCCACCAGGCAUUAUGAGCCACCUAACAUGGCUACUGACAGCUGAGCUCAGAUCCUCUGUAAGAGCAUUACAUAGUCUUAGUCCCUGAGCCAUCUCUCCAUCCCUAAGCUUGGUGUUUAAGCUAAGAGCUGCCUAAUCGCUGAAUGCGGUAGGUUUUCAAGGCACGAGUUACCCAAAAACACCAGGUAAGAAUGCCAAUAGGCCUGUCGUGCCUUUUUGUUGUUGUUUUAGUUUGAUUUCUUUCGAGACAGGGUCUGGCCUCCCUGUGUAGCUAGGCCUCAAGCUCAUUGUCUUCCCAUCAGUGAGUGACUCCUAAGUGCUGGGAUUACAGGCAUAUAUCACCAAGCCCAACAAAUAUUUAUCAUAUGUAUGUAUGUAUGUGUUUGUUGGGCAUGCAUCACCAAGCCCAACAAAUAUUUCUCAUAUGUAUGUGUGUGUGUGUGUCUGUGUGUCUAUCUAUCUGUCUAUCUAUCCAUCUGCACUGUUGGAGUGGCUGUGUUUGAAUGUUUUAAUCUCUCCUGAAGUCUAGCACAUUUGUGAUGGCUAGUGACAUUUUUUUAAAAAGGCAUCUGAUAAAUUUCAAGAAAGGACAGGUUUCUCUAUCUCUGAAUCCUUGGAUAUUUUUGUUUAAUUGCUUGUAUAACUACACUAAAUACUUCUAUAAAAUUUCUUCUUAAUUUUAUUCAUUUUACUGUUUUCUGUAUAAUAAAAUAUGUUUCUUAGUAGAUUA